AUGAAUAACGGUACCAACCUCAACAACAGAGCGUCCAACGUUUCGCCCACUAACACGAUGCCGAUGAACGUGAAUUCUUCGACCAAUCACGGCAACAUGAUGGGUGUUAUGAAUGGAAUAAGUCCCAAUGUGAUGAACACAGUCUCAAAUAACUCCAUGAUUCCUCAGCCCAUGGCCAACAACAUGGGCAUGGUGGAUCCCAAUAUUCUGAUGAUGGGGCAGCAGCACCUAAUGAAUGGGAACAUCCAUCCCCAUGGGCCCGGCAUGGUGGCCCACCCACCUCCCCAGAGGCAACAAAUUCAGACUCCUGGUCAGAGUCAUGUGGUUCCAACACAGGGUCAGCAAGGGAACCCGGGCCAAUCCCCACAGCACUUCUACGCGCAUCCCCAGCAGGCUAACCCCAUGAUGAUGAUGAUGCGGCCCGGGGCCGUGGGGUCGCAACAACAGCAGAUGGCCACAUUGCAGCAGAUCCAGGCGACGUACGGCACAGUUGGUGACUCGCUGACGCGAAAUUCAAUAUCCGCAGCCUCUAACUCGAGCAUACCGAUGGGUGACAAUCAUGUGGUCAUGGGGCCCAAUGACCAGCCGCAUCCCCACCAACAUCCCCAUCCUCAACAACCUCAGCCGCAGAUGAUCAACGGGGUCCAGAAUACAGGUCAGACCAUUUAUCCGGGUAACUAUCCACAAAAGGCUGCAGACGGUCAGCAGCAACGCUUUUUCCCUCAGCCACAGAUGCCGCAGCACCAGCAGGGAAUUCCCUUGAAACCAACACCGGUUCCAGGCCAGCCACCCAUGCACCCUGGUCCCGUCCCUGUGGGUGUGAAUGGAGUUCCUGCUUCGAGCACACUCAAAAAACAGAUCUCUAACUUUGCAAUGCUGAAAUUCUUGGAGUUCUGCGAGUCGGCUGGACUUCGUGCCGAUGCCGAAAGGCUUUCCUACUGGAGACAGGUUGCCAACGAGUAUUUCAGCGAGUCUGGAAUGCUGGCAUUCACUCUUCGAAACGGAAAUGACCAGCGCAGAUACGACUUCUCUCUGCCUUUGAUCUCUCGAUUCUACUACAGUAUCAUCCAAAGUGGAGUGGCCAAAUUCGAGAUCACUCCUAGUCUCAUGAAGGCUUCUGUUCUUCCAACUGGUGCAACCUAUCUGGAGUGUUCACGGAUGUCCAUGAGACAUUGGUAUGCUGAUGGCUCUUACGUGACUCUCUAUGGAAUGGCACGUGUCAUGUUCAAUCAGCAGCUCAAGAUCGACUGGCUAGAGAUGCAGGUAUUUCACUCAAUUCCUGGCCUAGAAUGGCCAACUAUCGAGAAGAGUCUGGUGCAGAACAAGCUAGGCUCUGGUGACUCCAAAAACCCAAAGAACUCGCCCGCUUACCUUAGAGAGGCCAAGUCGCAGUUCGAGGUAUUCAAGAGCCUUUCAAACUUUGGAUUCCAGGAGAGCGUGAUGCGUGUGAUGCAAAUCAGCGAUGUGAUGGCUCAUCUGAAGACUUUGAUGGGGUUCUACACUUCCAGUGACUGUAUUGGUCCGUUGAAUGCUCUUGAAACUUUUAAGAAGGCAAGUUUCAAUAGCGAGGUUGCGUUCAAGCAGAGGCAGCAACAGCAACAGCAACAACAACAACAACAGCAACAGCAGCAGCAGCAGCAGCAACAACAACAACAACCUCCACAACCUCCACAACCUCAGCAACAACCCCAACCCCAAUCUCAGCCCCAGCAGAGACCACAACAGCCUCGCCAAUUCCACCAACAGGCUGCCUUGCAGUCCCUUGUACGACACCAAUUCCAGUUGCAGCAGCAACAACAGCAACAGAUGCAAAUUCCUGGCACCAAUGGAAAUGGAGCUCCACAACCGCAGCCGCAACCACAACCAAAUCAGCAAAACCAGCAGAGUCAACCGCGUCAUAAGACCACCAUGACGAGAUCACCUUCUCCAAAGACCGUCUUCAAGUCCGAAGAGGUGACCCCAGAAACUCGUGAGUCCACUCGUGAGAAACGCACAAUAGACGAUAGCAAGUCUUCGUCCGUUGGUACGCCUGUUUCUGACCAGAGCACGAAAAACGGAGGCGAUAGUGUGAUGAUGUUCGGGACUGGGUCCACGAACUUGUACCUCAACCAAUCGAUGCUCACCAAGCGUCGGAAACUCAACAAUUCCCGAGCUCAGGCCGAUGCAGAGCCAAAAUCACCAAAAUCCACAGGUCAAGAUAAUAUCACGAACAAUGACUCAGGAAAGCGCGACGCUUCGAAAAAGUGA